AUGUACAAUGUAUAUAUGCUCCUUAUUCCGAGGGAUUCUGUCCUUAGAACUUCUCUCAGAAUCACCUCCACUAAUUUUCCGCAAACAAUAUUUUUAAAUAAAAAAUUUAUCGCAAAAACAUUUUCAACACUUUCAGACCAAUGCUCGACUGAUCUUGGUCGAAUUAGGUCCUCUCUCUCAUCACUCCAUGACGAUCUGACGUUUCUAGCUUCCUCUUCCAUAAAAUCAGGCUGUCAGAACCUGGAACUUAGGUACAAAGACCCUUCCAACUCAUCUUUGAAUUCGAGACUGUCUUCUAUGAAUAAAUGCGGCUCAGAAAUAGAAAAGGUCGUUUACAAAAUACUCGAUAACAGAGUCCGAUACAACAUGGCUAGGAAUAAAAGGGUAGCCAGGGACGCAAACUACAAGUUUGGGAUUCUGGGUGUAUCACUGAUUUGUGUUUUUGGAUCACUUUCUAUUUCCCUGCAUCCUUUGUUUCUCAUAGGUUGUGGAGUCGGAGCCUAUUUCUACAGGGUCGUAUAUAGACAGUCUAGGCUACGUAAAGGUAGGCAUAUAAAGAUACAAAAUAUAUUACAGUGA